CUUCCAACUAUAACAAUGCAUCAAGAAAUAAUUUCAACUGAUUUUGAUCUAAGCAUUCUUGAUUUUGAACUAGAGCAUCAAAUCAACGGCUCCAACACAGACUCAAUCUCCUCCGAUUUAUUCGUUGAUCAUAUGUGGGAGAAAGUAGACGAAAAUGAAGAUAAUAUACCUCGUUCAUCAUCACAAGUAUCGAAUAACUGGAAGAGAUACAGAGGCGUGCGUAGGCGAUCGUGGGGAAAAUUUGCUGCCGAAAUUAGAGAUCCGAAAAGAAAAGGCGCUAGGCUUUGGCUCGGAACAUACGAGACUUCCGAGGACGCGGCGUUGGCUUAUGACCGAGCCGCAUUUAAAUUAAGGGGUACGCGGGCCUUAUUGAAUUUUCCUCACUUGAUUGACACGAACGUCGCUGAGCUGAACAGAGUUCGGCCUAAGCGACGUUCUCGCUCACCCGAAAUUAAUAAAAAAGAAGAAAUUCCGAGUCCUAAAAGGAGAAAUCCUCAGCUAAUAAACAGCCUAGCUAAAGCUAAUAAUAUCAUACAUAUGUUUGAAAUCACUAGUUGGGCAUUUUAUCCUCAGGGAUAAAAAAUAAAUAAAUCAUUUUCUAAGUUUGAAUUAAAAA